AUGGCGAACCUGCGGGUGGUAAACCUGGCAGGUGAGCUGAUCCUAGAGACCCUUCUAUGCGAAGAGAACGACUACGGCGGUCCCGACCUAGCCGUCUACCUAGGGAAGUUGGUGCAAGAGCGCACCGGCUUCCCAUCCUUCCGGAUCGCGCUUGUGGCAGCGGGCAAAUCUUGGCACCAGUUGGGACAGCCAAGUGAAGUUCAAGCCGUGUUUAAUCAGGCAGUGAAUGACUUCUCAGCAGACCUACUGACAGCGAUUCGGGCACGAGACUUCGAGGCUGCCAGAGAGAUCCUGGAGAAGCAUCAGGACCCAAACUGCUGCGAUGGAGAUGACUGCGCGGCUCGCGUCGCCUGUAUCGCUGGAAGCGGAGACAUUCUAGAGAUUCUGCUGCAGGCCGGGGCGGACAGAGAUGCAAGGAAUGCAGACGGAGAAGGUCUCCUACACACAGCAGCCGCCCACGGCAGCAUGGAGUGCGCUCGACUUUUGCUGGAUCUAAAUGCCGACAUCGACGAGUCUUCAGAAGAAAGUGGCUUCACUGCGUUGCAUAUGGCAGCAAGAAGUGGCCAGAUGGAUAUGUUUCGCCAACUCCUAGAGGCUGGUGCUAAGAGAGAUGCUCUGGACCAGACCGGAGCGAGCGUUUUACACUCUGCCGCCGAGCAUGGACAGGUCCAAGUCAUGAGUUACCUCUUGGAUCUAGGUAUGAACAUAGAGUUGACAGAGGAGGCAGGGGCAACGCCCUUGUACGUAGCAGCGGAGAGUGGCCAGCUCGAGGCAGUUCGCUUCUUGAUCCAGGCAGGGGCAUACAUCGACACGGAAGACGAGUCAGGGGCGACACCCUUAUAUGCAGCUUCUCAAAACGGUCAUGCUGAUGUGGUUGACUGCCUGGUCAAAGCAGGGGCGGACAAGGAGAAGUGCAAGAGGUAUGGUGGAAGCCCUCUAUCGAUCGCAACAUGGCGUGGCCAUUUCGAUGUGCUGGAUGCACUUGACGAGGACUUGGAAAGUUUUAAGGCGCACAACUCCGGCUUCUUGCAGGAACUGCAAGCUCUAUUAGAUGAGUGCGGUGGUGGCAGUUUGUUCAGCAGAUAA